AUGAGGCUCUCAAUUCGAAUCGGGGCCGCUGCGGCUAUUAUCGUCAUCACAAUUCUCCUAUUCAAUCGCAGCCUACGGACAGAGGGUGAACAUCUCAAGGACCUUUUACAUUUCGACACCGGCUCCUUCCGCACCUCCCUGAAGCCCAAGCCAGAAGAUGACUCCAGCGCUCAUCGGAAAUGGCGGGUCGCAUCGGACAACAAACCCGCUCUAGUCUACCAAACAACCGACAUCCAGGUACCCAACCAAGGCGCCAUUGUGAUGGGCAAGCUGAAGGACGAGGUCACCUCCUGGGUGUCGGGAGAAUUGGCCGAAUGGCACGGAAUUAUCUACACCGUUGACGAUACCACUGCCCCCAUGCACACCCCCAAGAACAAGGGCCGCGAAGCCCUCCCAUACCUCCAAUUCCUGGUCGACCAUUAUGACGACCUCCCCGAAGUGACGGUCUUCCUACAUGCCCACCGUGACGGCUGGCCCGCCGGCUGGCACAUCGAUACAAUGGAUCUCAGUAACGUGGAUUCCGUGCGCGCCCUGCAGAAGGACUUUGUCCAGCUCGAGGGUUUCGUCAAUCUCCGUUGUCAGCUUAGUCCCGGCUGCCCCGAUGCCAUCCAGCCCUUCCGCCAGACCCCGAAGUUGGAGAACCCCGGCGAGGCUCACUACGCGCAGGCUUGGAAAGCGCUUUUCCCUGGCGAGAGAGUCCCUACUGAGAUCGCGGCUCCUUGUUGUUCGCAAUUCGCUGUCUCCAAGGAGCAGAUUCUCAAGCGUCCCCACUCUGACUACCAGCGUAUGUACGAUUGGGUGAUGAACAAUGACCUCCCCGAUGAGGUCACAUCCAACAUCAUGGAAUACUCGUGGCACAUCAUCUUUGGAAAGGAGCCUGUCUUCUGCCCUGAGAUGUUCCAAUGCUACGCAGACGUAUACGGCGAAGAAGUUGUCUUCAGCUAA